CCCGACUCAAUCGCUCUUCUCACCGACGAAAGAUCGGCGGAAUCUCCUCUUCGCUGUUACCGGUAGCUCCAUCCCAUGAAUCCUGAAUAUGACUAUCUGUUCAAGCUUUUGCUAAUUGGUGAUUCUGGUGUUGGCAAAUCAUGCUUGCUUCUGAGGUUUGCUGAUGAUUCCUACCUGGAUAGCUACAUCAGCACCAUUGGUGUUGACUUUAAAAUCCGCACUGUUGAACAAGAUGGAAAAACCAUCAAACUCCAGAUUGUAAGUUGCCCUGAGUCGUGUCAGAUCACCCAGAUUUUUCACAUGCUCGCUCUGUUUCUUUUCUUUUUAUUAUUAUCACCAAUUAUGCAGUGGGACACGGCAGGUCAAGAGCGUUUCAGAACGAUCACUAGCAGUUACUACAGAGGAGCUCAUGGAAUCAUUGUGACUUAUGAUGUAACAGACCAAGAAAGCUUCAACAAUGUCAAGCAAUGGCUAAAUGAAAUCGACCGAUACGCCAGUGAGAAUGUGAACAAGCUACUGGUUGGGAACAAGUGUGAUCUCACAUCACAGAAAGUUGUAUCUACUGAAACAGCCAAGGCUUUCGCAGAUGAACUUGGGAUCCCGUUCUUGGAAACAAGUGCCAAGAAUGCUACCAAUGUUGAAGAAACUUUCAUGGCUAUGACUGCUGCAAUCAAGACAAGAAUGGCGAGCCAGCCUACUGGAGGAUCCAAGCCAUCAACCGUCCAGAUCCGAGGACAACCUGUAAACCAGCAAUCAGGCUGCUGCUCUUCUUGAUUCGCUUUUGGAACACUUUACCAUAUACUAUAUCAUAUGUUUGUUUGCAUGUAAGACAUCUGAACAACGUUGAUUUCAUCUUUUUUUUUUGUUUUUUCAGUCAUUUUUUAUGCCCAUAAGAUUCUAAAUUCUUUUGUAAUGUACUUGGAACAAUAAGCUCCCUUAGUUAAAGUUUUUCAUGCAUA